CAGUGAACGGCACUGAGACAGAGACGGAGACGCUGCGAACUACUCCUGUCAAACCAUGCACUGGAGAGGGUCCAGAGGAGGUUGACCCGAAUCAUCCCAUGGGCCUGUACUCGCUGGAGUUUUUGGCUUUCUGAUUAAAUCAAGGUAUGGCAUUGCAAAAAUUAAGUCUCCGCUUGGCUGUGUGUUUGCUGAAUAUUUCUGAAGCUAGAAAGAAAGACGUUGUGGAAAGGGUCGCUAAAGCUGCACUCUGGAAUAACCAAGGAGAGAAGAAAAUACAAACAACUGUGCUGAACAUAUUUUCAGAUUAUGAUUACAACAGAUCAGUUAUAACUCUUGUUGGUCCAGUUGAGACAUUGGGGAACUCGGUUUUGACAGCAUGUGUUGAAGCAUUUAAUUUAAUUGACAUGAGCGCUCAUGUUGGCAUUCACCCCUGCCUUGGAGCAGUGGACCUUGUCCCCAUCUACCCUCUCUCGGACUCCGUUAGCCUCGAGGAGUGUGGCAGAGUGGCUUGCGAUGUUGCUGAAAAGUUAACCCUCGAUGUGCCGGAUUGCAGUCUCUUUUAUUUUGGAUAUGCUGAUCAACCUCUCAAACGAACCCUGGUCCAACGCAGAAAAGAACUGAAAUGGUUUAACCGGAGCAGUUUGAAGGGCACGGAAAGGAAGGCAGAUGUGGGAGCUGCGAUUUCCUCCAGAUGUGGUUUAACAGGUGUUGGUGCCAGCCCCUAUGUUAUUAACUGCAAUGUGACCAUAGACACGCAGGAUCUGAACAUCGGCCGACAGAUUGCCUGCGCCGUCCGCGGAGCCAAUGUUGGUGGCCUCGCGGGUAUCCAGGCGAUGGCCUUUCCUCAUGAGGGUACUGUGGAGAUUGCCUGUAACGUGGAGAGCUGUAAAGGUGAAAUUUCGUCACCUCUGACAGAAGAGAAGGAGAAACACAUUUCUUAUUGCAUUCAGGGUGAAGAAUACGUGUACUUCUCCCCAAGUUCUAUCGAGAAGCAUAUUAAAAAACUGGCUAAUAACUUUGGAGUUGCUACAGUGGGCACUGCGUUAAUUGGUUUUACACCUGAACGUUGCAAGAAUUUGGCAGAAAAGGCCAUAGGGGAAGGAACUGGAGAGUUUUGGAAGAAGCGCAAGGUCCUUACAAUGUAAGUGGGGCUUGUUGGCAUAAUUAAUGCUGUUGUGUUUAUCACAUUGUGUUGAUUGCACUAUAUGUGGGUUUGUUUAUCAGUCUGUUAAUUACGAUUUUGGGGACAAUUAAUAAGAAGAUAGAUGUUCAAUGAGUGGGAUGAAAUACUUAUGGAGGUCUGGCAGCCAGAAUGAACCAGGAGAAGAAAAAAGUUGCCCUGAGAUGGUGGAUUGGAAUUCUAAAUCAAUGCCUGUAUUACUCUUGACAUCUCUUGAAUUUGCCGGGGAGGUGUGCCUGAUAGUUGACCCAGAUUUGGCAUUAGUAAUGACGAUGGGAUUAUCAAGAAUUUCAUGAAACAACCACAUUGAGAUUUCUGUGUCCAUUUUGAUAAACACAAAAAUGUGAAUAGUUCAUUGUUAGCUGGGGUGGGGGGGGGGGGGGGAAGGUGACAACGAGGCAUGCAAUC